AUGCCGCUCGACGAGUACGCCUCCGUCGGCGGCGGCCUCAAGCUCAAGGGCGCCAGGGUCGGGAAGCCCAAGACCAAGAAGAAGAGAAAGGACAAGAGCGACCUGGAGAAGAACCUCGACGACGGCAGCGAGUCGGGAGGGGCGCUGGUGAAGCGCAGGCCGGACGACGAAGACAACGGCGACGACGAGGAGAAGAAGGUCAAGAGGAAGAAGAAGAAGAAGAGCAGGAGUGAGGAGCCCGAGGAGGAGCAGCGCGACGAAGAAGAGGACGAAGAGGGCGGCGGAAGGCAGAAGACCGAGGCCGAGAGGCGAUAUGAGGAGAGGAAGCGUAAGAGGCUACUCGAACUCGCCGAAUCCUCGAGCUCCAGGCCCGAGCUACUCAAGACGCACAAGGAGCGCGUCGAGGAACUCAACACCUACCUCUCCAAGCUGAGCGAGCACCACGACAUGCCCAAGAUCGGACCCGGUUAA